AUGACGCAAUACCGGCAGUUCAUAAAAAGUCAAGAGGUAGAUGAGGUGAUUGUUUGUCUUCUUUGCAAGGACUCUUGGGACAGGCCGAUAGAGCUGGGGCCAUGUGGCCACAUCUUUUGCGAGUCUUGUAUUAGUGAAUACUGGUGUCGCUCUGUCGGGUCGUCUUGUUUGCCUGGUAGUGAGCGCCCAGUGGCGCUUGUAUGCCCGAAUUGCAGUUGUGCCGUGGAGCAAAGUGAACGUCCUAAUCGAGUUCUUGUGAACAAGGCACUCGAAGUUCAGGUACAGUGCACGCGGUGCAACUGGAAGGGUACACGUGAACAGAGCCAGAAUCACACGUGCCAUCCACAGCCGCCAUCGGAAAAAAUGGAAGUUCCUGCAAGCACGAAUAAUACGUCCGAAUCUGACGAGCACCGGAGUAGAUUGUCGAGUCACUCGGGGGGAAUGCAUUUGUCGCCCGAAGCGCGUAACAUGAGUCGGGCCAAUAAUGGAUUUGCGUAUCAGCAUGUAUCAAGUAAUGAUAAAGAGUGGAAAAAGUAUGGUCUCACGCAGAUGGAAUACGAUCAGAUUGUGAGUCUUUUCAUGGUGUUUGAUACAGAAAAUAAAGGCUUCCUGACACGUUCGCAGCUAAGGCAACUUGCUUUUUCCUUGAAUUACGUAAACCGGGAUGAACAUGUUGACCGCAUGCUGUUUGAGAUGGGCUGCGAUGAGACAGGAGGGCUCAUGAUACAAGAUUUAUGUGCCUGGCUGGGGAAACAUCGCCCCAAUCCACAGGCGCUUUGCGGAUUAUCACGGUUUGAAUACAACGAGGCUCUCUUGCAGUUUCGUGGUUACGAUCUUGAGGGACGUGGUUUUCUGGAUUGGAAAGACUUUAGGAAUUUGUGCCUCAGCAAUGGCUACGCCAAAACCGAGGCGGAGGCUCAAAAAAUUUUUUGUUCUUUUGCCAGGACAAGUAAAAAUUAUAUUAACCUUUAUGAAUUUCUGCUGUUCUGUAAGCAUCGUCAAUUUUUGCAUGGAGAAGGCACGGCGGAGGCAAUGGCGCCAGGCUCACGUCCACAGCGGUUGCCACACCGUUUUCCUGGAGCCGCCGCAGCGGAGAUCGCAAUGCCAUUUAGUACCAAAUACAAAAAGAAACAAUAUUGCAUGUUGAUGUAG